GAUGAGAGGAGGACGUUAGACCGUGCUGGUGCAGGUAGAUCAGAGGUGGGCAUGGCGAGUAGGUGGGGUCGCUGCUCUCCUGUCGGGACCAGAAGGCUGCAGACCAGUGCGGAAACGAAGAGGUGAGGGGAGCCGGUUAGAACUGCUGCCUGGAACUAAGGAUUGUGAACCCUGACCAGCGCAUGAUCUCUCGACAUGCACCCUGAGAACCAUCUCUCCCUCCUCUUAAUGCUGCUGCUUCUUCAAGUCCAGCAGGGCACCUCAGUGCAGGAGAUCCAAACCAGCCAUGAAAAUAUCGUAAAGAUCAACUCAGCAGGAGAAAUGAUGCAGUGCUCAGCAGCCAUGGAUAUCCUCUUCCUCAUGGAUGGCUCCUACAGCGUGGGGAAGGGCAGCUUUGAGAGGUGCAAACACUACGCAAUCAAGCUCUGUCAAGCACUUGACAUCGGACCAGACAAGGUGCGAGUCGGCUUGAUUCAGUUUGGUUCCACUCCUCGGCUGGAGUUCGCCCUGGACACAUACACCACCAAACAAGAGCUCAAGAAGCACAUGAAGAAGAUUUCUCACAGGGGAGGCAGCACCCAGACAGGACUGGCUCUAAAGUAUGUGCUGAGGAAAGGUUUCCUAGGUGGCCGUAACUCCUCCACUGCGGCCCAGGUCGCCAUCCUCUUAACAGAUGGGAAGUCUCAGGGCAACGCAGUUCAGGCAGCUGCGCAGCUCAAAGAGAUGGGUGUGGUCUUGUUUGCCGUAGGCAUUCGCUACCCCAGGUGGGAAGAGCUACAUGCUUUGGCCAGUGAGCCGAUGGAGAGCCACGUUUUCUUCGCAGAGCAUUUCGACGAUGCUGUCAAUGGCCUGUACACCACACUGAGCACCUUCUCGGUUUGCAAUGCCACACCUGCAGGCUGUCAGGUGGAGUUGUUUCCCUGUGAGAGGAAAACGUUGGAGACAGUGAAAGAGCUGCAGGGGAAUUACAUGUGUUGGAAAGGCUCCAAGGGGUAUUCCCCAUACACGUCUCUCUGUCCAUACUACAGGUACAACAAGGUGUACACGAGAUACCAGACAGUCUGCCAUCGGACUAUUUGUCCAGAUCCCUGCGACUCUCAGCCCUGUUUGAAUGGUGGCACAUGUGUAUCAGAAGGUCCAGAGGGUUACCACUGCGUAUGCCCACCUGGCUAUGGAGGAGACCCCCACUGUGCUCCGGCAUUAUCACUGGACUGCGCCGUAGACCUGCUGUUCCUGGUGGAGGGCUCGGCCACGCUCUCCUUGGAAGGCUUCCUCCGCCUUAAGUCCUUCUUAAAGCGCUUCCUGCACACUGUGAUCGGGUCUGACAGCCCCAGUAAAGUCGGCCUGGCAGUGUUUGGUGGAGAGACCAGAGUCGAGGUCUCGGUGGAUAAGUUCAAAGGCAACCUGAGGGGUCUGGUUAAGACUGUGGAGGCACUUCAACCAAUCGGCGGCGAGACCCGGACAGGCCAGGCACUUCGCUACGUCACCCGUCACGGCUUCGUGAGCGCGCCAGUCUUUGCGGACGUUACAGACGACCUGCCCCGCGUGGUGGUGCUCCUCACUGCCACUCCUUCUGUGGACGAUGUGGUAGAGCCCUCUAAAUAUGCACGAGACAGAGAGAUCUUCCUGAUAGGGGUGGGACCAGACUUCUUAAGGGGACAGCUGAAUAAUAUUACAGGAAAUCCCCAGAGGACUAUCACCUACACACCACCUGAGUUCAGUGCCAAGAUCCCUGAGCUCAAGGCUAAGGUCUGCAGUGUAGAUACACAAGGUUGUCUUGGCCAAGCAGUAGACCUGGUGUUUGCCCUGGAUGCCUCAGGUGGUGUCAGCCCUAAUAACUUUGCCACCAUACGCAACUUUGUGCGCAGUCUCACCGUCCAGUUCGACAUCAACCGUGACGUAGCUCAAGUGGCACUUGUGGCCUACGGUCGGAGGGCCACCACCGUCUUCAACCUGGACACCCAUGAGAGCGGUUCUGCCAUCCUCAAGGCGGUUGACGACGCCAACUACUUGGGUGGAGUGGCGUCAGCGGGCGCGGCUUUACUUCACAUCCACUCCAACGUCCUGACGGUGGCCAAAGGUGCACGGCCCGGAGUCAACAAGGCUGUGGUGAUGGUGACAGACGGUUCAGGUGGGGAUGACGCUGUCGUUCCAGCUCAAAAGAUCAGAGAUAAUGGAGUUUCAGUGUUUGUGAUCGGUAUCGGAGACAUUCAGAAAGAGAGGCUGCUGCAGAUUGCUGGUUCAGAGGAGCACAUGAUCGCGGUGUCGUCUUAUGAAGAUCUCAAGUACUUUGAGGAUGUGCUGGUGCAGAUGCUGUGUUCAGAGGUUAAAAAGCCAGUUAACCUGUGCAAGCCCAACCCAUGUAUGAAUGAUGGGACCUGCAUCCUGUCCGGAGGGAGCUUCCGCUGUCAGUGCCAAGGCUAUGAAGGACCACACUGUGAAACAAGAAGCAGCAAGAAUCCAUCCAGAGGAGAUCUCCCGAGGCCUGCUGGUCUCAGGAAGAAGAGCAGACAGAAGAAGAGUCACCAGGAGCUCCUGCAUCACUACAAACUGCACCGUAGGACACAGGCAACCUGAUACACACAUAGAAAUGAGUCACCUAUGGACACCUAAGAACCAAGGAUGUUUGCGGGUAUGCAAUGGAAUAAAGGGAAAACUAAUGUUACUGUUUCAAUAUUUAAACUUUCACACAGACUUCAACAAGUCCCUUCAAACUGCGUGUACUUCUACUGCAGUGUCUAUCUGUGUCCUGGUUUGUCACUGUGCUCACUGUUGUGCAUUUUGCUCAUAGUUCUCUUGUCUAUUCAGAGAUGUAAACUUUUAUCUCAUAUUGGAGUGUAUAUCUGUGUCAUGAUUUUAUUAUUUUAGUUAUAUAAUCACCACAAUUGCCUUUUUCUCUUCCAAACAAGACAAAAAAAUCAAUUUUGUGCCAAAAAAGCUUUAUACCAAGUGCUCUAUUUUUUUUUCAACAUAUUUUACAAAAGGCCCCUCCUGAACUCACUCGGCUUAGUUUUUUAAAAGGUAAAAAGAUUGUUUGCUCUCACAGUAUUAUUGUAUAAAUAUAUGUACUGUAAUACGUAUGUAUUUCAUUAUCAGUUAUAUUAGUGCGGUAUAACAUUUAGAAAAUAAGGCUGGUUUUGUACUUUAACUUACCCUUUACUAACAUCUCUUUUGCGAAAAUAGAAACAAACUUAUAAUAUAUGAUUUGCAAUCCACUUUUUUAAAUUGUAGAAUUUUUCCACUUGUUCAACACCCAACAAGCCCUAAAAUUAUAUAUUUGAAGUGGCAAAUCACUUCCAUUAUUAACAAAAAGUACAAUUUUAAUAUUUUCCAGGUGAACAUCUUGUUAUCAAAUGACUCCCCUUCAUGAAUGCUUUGUUAUUUCAUCAGUGAGAAGUGACUGAGUUGACUCUAAUUAUUGUGUUCAAAUUCUAAUUCAUGCUUCCAGUGUCCAUUGCAAAUGUCUAUUGUUGUAGUAGUAGGAUUAAUUGUUACUAAAGUGAACAUUUGGUUCAGUUUCAUCAGAAGAGCUGGACUGACAGAUGUAACAUUAAAGCCAAAAGGAGACAUUUUCAUAAACACAGUGCAUGCCAAUAUUAUUGUCAGUACAUUUUUAUUUGAAUAAAAAGUGCAUUUUUAGCUAGCAAUACAAGCCAAAUGAGGCUGAAUAAAGGUGUAAAUAUAUUUACAUCUUGGCUACCAGCAUAUAUGAACCAAGCUACAUCUAGUAUACAAAAUGGCCAAUUUAGUACAGGGGUGUCUUUUGUUGUCUCAGUGGUUUUAAAUGUUUGGCUGUUUUGCAUCAUCAAGAAAAAUUGUCAGACUGGCCAAAAUGCUACGACAUCAAUGUCUUUCCUUU